ACCCUUUUCCUCCACACCACCACACCCACUCAUCUGAUCACCUGCUAGCCAGAUAGCUUAACCGAUGGCUCGUCUCAACAGCAAGGCUGUGGCGGCCGCCGUUGUCCUGGCGGCGGUGGUGCUGAUGAUGGCCGGCAGGGAGGCCUCGGCGGCGCUGUCGUGCGGGCAGGUGGACUCCAAGCUCGCGCCGUGCGUGGCGUACGUCACGGGGAGGGCUUCUGCGAUCAGCAAGGAGUGCUGCUCCGGCGUGCAGGGGCUGAACGGCCUGGCCCGCAGCAGCCCGGACCGGCAGACGGCGUGCAGGUGCCUCAAGAGCCUCGCUACCAGCAUCAAGGCCAUCAACAUGGGCAAGGUCUCCGGCGUGCCCGGCAAGUGCGGCGUCAGCGUGCCCUUCCCCAUCAGCAUGUCCACCGACUGCAACAAGGUCCACUAGCAGGGAUCAGAUACUCCUUCCUACGUGCAUGCAUGGACGCGCUUGUGUGGAGCUUAAUAUCUACGUUGAUGGAGUGCUCAUACGUACGAUAUUGAGCAAUAAAAAAUAAAAUAAAAGAGUAUGCCUAUGUCUGUACCUUGCACACACACUGUGUGUGUGCGCAUAUAUAUUUACGCGGCAUGCAUGCACGCGUCCGUAUGAGUGACUGAACAGUCAUCUCCUUGCUGUACUUUAGCCGAUGUGUAUGUGUGAUGUGUCUGACCUACCUGUUCAGGCAAUUAAUGAAUAGUAAUUAUUUUCUUAA